GGCCUUGGGCCUGGUGCGACCUCGGGACUCGGAGCGUUUUGGUCGGUGUCUCCUGCGGUUGGCAUUUCGGACUUCAAUCCUUCAUUUGGCUUCGCUGCGACUCUAGCUGGACCCGUCCCGGAGCCGAUCCCGAGACUGCAACGUUGCCCUGAACCAUGGAGCCGGGCCUGGCCAUGAGGGCCGCCCGCCCAAUCGAGUACACCCUCUCGAGCAUCUCGACCACGUCGGCCAUCAUCACGCGGUUCAUCCGCUCCGUGCGCGCCGCACAUGCCGACCUGGCUGGCGUCACCCGCGAGCUCUCCGACAUGCGCUUGCUGCUGGAGCUGCUCCGCGACGAGCCCGGCAUCCCCCUCUUGCUGCAAGCCGAGGUGCUGGUCCUGCUCGAGAGCUGCGGCACUGUCCUGGUCCGCAUCGACUCGGUGCUGGAAUAUUGUCGGGAUACGUCGCAGUGGGUGUCGACGGGCAAGAGCGAGAUUGCGAGACAUCGGGCCAGUCUCGAUUCCUUACGGGCCGCGUUGGCUCUGGCCCUGGAAAUAGUCAAUUUGAGCGCUUCGCAGACCAAUAGCCCCGAUGCACGAGCCAUCGGCGCCCAUAUCGUUGCCGAAGUCGACCGGAUACGCCGCGAAGCAGCACCGAACGGGCGCGGCGAUGAAGGCCUCGGACAAGCUCUCGAGCCGUACCUCAGCACCCUGCUCGGAUGUGUGCAGAUGUCUCAGGGUGAUGACCGGAGGUCGGAACAUACAACACACCCUCACCCUCAAACCCAGCCAUCAAGUCCUCAUAGCCCAAGAAGCCCACAAGGAGGGAGCCACGAAGAGGCGAGUAUCGAACAAGGAUUCAGUUUCCUGAACCUGGAGCAAGAAAUCGGGGGCGACUCGUAUGAAUCGUCAAUCGAGCAAAGCGAACCAAAGCCGAGAGAUGGGCCGGAAUUUGGCCAGCAGUUCGAAACCGCUGGCCCUUGGUAUCCUGGCAAGAUCCAGCCACCACCCCCAAACCCAAAACCGGAGCCGAUCAAGUCAAUCCAACAAAUGGGACCUAUGGAGCAUAGCCUCACGCCGCCACCACUACGGCCUUUGCGCGAAUCCCCAAUUCUAGGGCAACUCCAACCCCAGACCAUACAUCGCCCUCAAGCGUCACCACCAUCGAGUUCGGCCCAGCUCCAGAGAGAACAGCAAAAUAUCCCCCACAGUUACCAGCGUCCGCAAAUGCAACAACAAUCGAGUCCGGUCCCGUCAUAUAGUGAACAAUAUGUUCUGCCCAGCCAACAGCCUGUGCACCGCCCACAAGUGCGACGACCAUCCAACUCGUUUCCAGCUCAUAGUGAGCAACAUGCCCUCCCUAGCCAGAGAACUUGGUCCCACGACACCCCUGCAUCUCCGUCAACAAGGUCAGAGCCCUUCAGCCAAGCACAGCACCCAGGACAGAUGGGAUCUCCAAUUCUCCGCUCAGACCGCUGGUCCGAGCCACUACAUAACCAGGGGCAAGGGUAUCGCCAGGAGCUGGCUCAAGGCUACAACCAAGGGAACAGUCACUCGUACAACCCAUCGAUCGCUUCGGCCUCGAUGCUCCGGGUUGGACGCAGCGACAGCCCUCUUGGCUCUGUGUCAACCCCGAGGUUUCCGUCAAGCAUCAGCCAGGUCUCCGGGUUCCGCCCAGAUUCUUCGGGCCGAGGUGUCCCGCCUUCGGGAUCUUUAUCGCCGGCGCCAAGCUUCCAACGGAUCCAAACACCCAAGUCCCCAACCCAGUGGUCGUUCGUCUCCAGUAUACCCGAGCUGCCUCCGCCUGAGCCUAUAUCUCGGCCGACAGGCUACAACCCACACCAUACCCGUGUUGAAGUAACACCAGCCUGGCACUUCAAGGACAAGGGAAAAUCCACCGAGGUCCUCCACAUUGACUGUUCUCCCACAGCAAGCUACGUUGUGACAAAACAUGCCGCCAAGCUCGUCAAGAUAUGGUCCGUCGCCAAGAAUGCCCUGCACGCAUCCAUCAAAAUUACGUCCUACGUCCAGCCGCAGGUCCGUUCACGCGAGUAUUAUAUCCGCAGCCACGCUAUCUUGUCCGAGAGUGCCACCCUUGUCUGCGUCACAACGCACUUCGGCCUCACCCUGGAGAUCUACAACUUUGCCAAGGGGAGCGGCAAAAAAGUGCAAGUCAUUGACGAGGCGCACCGCUGGGCUGCCAGCCAGCUGGACGCUUUCAAGACCGACUACGCGCCACUCGUCGUAUACCGCCCCAAGGGCGACCGGUUAGACCGAUUCUUUGUCGUUCGGAACCCGGGGGCCAAGAAGCCGUUGUGGGAGGACGCCAACAACUCCAUCGAGCUGCUCCGUGCGGGUCUCCCCUUCGUGCCCAAGUUCCCAGAGCUUGCGUAUAGCGCAAACUCCCCUUACUUGGUAGCAGCGGCUGGGCCAAGGCCCGGCGAUCCCCCUCGCGUUCAAGCCACAAUUCUGAUAGCGUGGGAACUGACGCCCGUAUCGGACGAGAAGCUACAAGCCCGCAGCCCGGUCAACACGAUCCGCUCGGAUGGCUCGAGCGAAGCCGACGAACGCCAUAAACCCUACCGCUUCACCGUGCCCGAGUACCCAGCCCUGCAGACCUCGGUUCCCGCCUGUCUCGCCGCACAUGGAAAAAUUGUCGUGUCUAUCUGGAUCCCGGCCAACCACACCGACGUCCCCAUGCCCGGCGGGAAGUUUAUGCACAAGCCGGUAGCCGCCCCCGAGCGCUACGUUGUUAUCUGGGACCUCCCAUCUAACACCACGAAGGUGUUCGCCAUCCCCAACGUCCAAGCUUGUGUCUCCCCAGACUGCAGGCUCGUGGCUUACUGUGACGUCAAUGCUGGGCAGUUUGUCGUGGUUGACGUGGCAAACAUGGAGGACGUGUGGCGCUGGCCCGACUCAGCAAAAGGGGCACCCCAGAAGCCUGGAGAAUCGUUUGCCCAGUUUGAAAGUCUCAGCAAAAUUUCGGUAUUUGAGUUCUCUCCAAACGGCCAGAUGCUUGUCGUCGGUGAUGCGGCUGGUGCUGUUGGGGUCUACCAAGUCAGGGAGGUCGGAGGGACCUACGAGCUUCUUGACCCGAGCUCGGUCAACAUGCAAAUGGGGAUAAGGAGCGGCACGAUUGCCGAACUACAGUCAUAACUCGAAGUGGGUUUUUGGAUAGCUUACGUGGGCAUGUGGGCAAAACAAGUUAUACGAAGAUUUCCCCAUGUGGCUAAGAUGACAGCUA